AUGGCCACAAAGAAAUUCGCAGGACCGUCCCCUUAUACAUUUACACCCACAUACCCAAAGGUGGAUUACUUCUACACAGAAUACCUGGAGAAUGUCACUACUAAGCAAAAAGGAAGAGCCUGUGCAGUACCAGUGGUUGGAGCAAUUUUUGGCCUGGGCCGGGCUGGUUCCAUUCAUCUUACUAGUAUUAUGAACAAUCAUCGUAUUAUUCUGAAAUAUAUCGUGGAUGAUCGCAGUGACAUGUUUGAAAAUAUUAGAAAGUACUGGAAACUGAGUAAAGAUGUCAUCUUCCUUACUUCAAAGGAAAGCGAAAAAGUCUACAAAGACAAAAGUGUCAAUGUCGUUUUCAUCGGAUCUCCCACGUACACUCAUCAUGACAUAGUUAUCUCCUCAAUUGCCAACGACAAAGAUGUGUUCUGUGAAAAACCUAUUGCGGAGUCCAUUGAAGAUACCAAAAAGUGUUACGAGGCUGCUAAGAGCAAGGGACGUAAAUUGUUUGCAGCCUUCAAUCGUCGUUUUGACCCUGACUACAGAAGCUUGAAAGACAAGGUCAGACAAGGAACUGUUGGACAUGUGCAGAUCCUUAAAGUUACUGCUAGAGAUUCCCCAUUACCAUCUAUUGACUACUUGAGAACUUCAGGUGGCGUAUUUCACGAUUGCCUCGUGCAUGAUUUCGAUAUGUCAUGCUGGGUAUUGGGCGAACUGCCUAUUCGUGUGCAAGCUACUGCCUCUGCUCUCAUCCCUGAGGUUAAAGCUAUUAAUGACUUCGACACAAUUGCUUUCCUCCUGACCUUCCCUUCAGGUGCAAUAGCUAUUGGUGAUAACAGCCGUUACAGUGCUUAUGGAUAUGAUCAAAGGCUUGAGGUAUUCGGAAAUAAUGGUAUGCUGAAGGUAGAAAAUGAGAGGCCCUGCUCUUCACUUGAGAGUUACCUUGGCUAUGAAGGUGUUAAGGUCAACCCUAUAUUUUACUCAUUCCCAUCUCGUUUUAAGGCUGCUUAUAAAAACGAACUUGAACAUUUCCUUGAUGUUGUGCAGUACGGUGACCCUAUGGAAGUGACCAGCUGGCAGACUCUAGCAGUGAGCAAAAUUGCUACCGCUGCCGAAGAAAGUGCGCGUACUGGAAAAGGCGUAGAAAUCGACUGGAGCAAAGAAAAA